UUUGCUUCUCUCUUUCAGUACCUGUAUCAGCUGUCACUACUGUACAGGUGAAGUUUAAUCAGGCUGCUGCUCUGCCCUGUGAACGGAAAUGUUCUCGUGAGGCCAAAUGGACUCUGUUCAGUAACCGAGAUGAUGCAGUGGCUCAGUGUAAUCAGACAUCCUGCUGGUCACUAAAGGAGGGAUUUAAAAUGUCCCAUGAUCAGUACCUGAAGGGAGAUCUCACCCUCACCAUCACUGCAGCUGAUUACAGUAAGAGGGGUUUAUACACGUGUGUGUGUGAUGGCAGAGACAUUAAAGAUGUGCGUCUCAGCAUCGAGACCGUGACAUCAUCAGUUCAGAUAACCACUGGUGAAGAUCUGCAGCUGGAUUUGCACAUAUCAGAGCGAGUGGAGGUGAUCUAUAAGGGUGAAGAUUCAGCAGAUAGUGAACAGAUCUGCACUGUGGAUAGAAGCUCACUACGCUGUACCGCUGAAUACACACCGAGAACAUCACUCACUAACACAGUUCUUACACUGAGAGGAGUAAAGCCACUUGAUCGGGGAAUUUACAUCGUCCACGACACGGAGAAUAAUGAAGACCUUCAUAUUUAUGCAGUCUCAGUGAGACGCGUUGCUGUACCGAUUUGGGUGCUGCUGCUGCUUCUGGUUGUUGCAACGUAUAUGAAAUACCAGUGCCUGUGGAAACGACAUGGGUUCUGCCAAAGUUAUGAAAGGAGCAGCAGUGGAGCAGGAAGACAUCAGUGCUCAUAUGGCACCAUAGCAGUGAAUAACCUACCAGAGAACCAAAGGAUGUUGAAGCAGGGGGAGAACCGAGGUGAAGCAUAAAAAUGGAGUAACAGAGGAAAGAGACUUAUAACUAUUUUUUUUUAAAGUGAAGGAUCGUCACACCAAAUAUUGACUUUGUUUCAUUUAUUACUGUUUACCGCUCUUUAUAGUAUUUUUUUAAUGUAGAAACAUUUAGUUUCAUUAUUUUUGAAGGCAUCUUUACUCUACAGCAUUUCUUUGCAUGCGCCUAAGACUUUUGCACAGAACUGUAUAUGAAGAGGGGGCAUACCUAAUAUACAGGCCAUAACAUGAAAUUUAUGGUGGAAAGACACUACAACACAUUACCCCUGGUGGUGGAUGUUGUUAUUGUUCAUUCAGCUGCUCCCGUUAGGGGUCGCCACAGCGGAUAACCUUUCCAUUGUCCGCAUAUUGAUUUGGAACAGGUUUUACUCCAGAUGCUCUUCCUGACACAGCCCACCCCAUCUAUCUGUGCUUGGGACUGGCACUGAGAGUGUAUCAGCCUGUGCACCCCCAGUGGCUGUGGUUGGCGCCUAGCAUGGGGCUCAAACCCACAAUCCUGAGAUCAAGAAUCCCAUGUGCUACCAACUGAGCUAGCCAGACACCAACACAUUAUCCCUGGUACCACUGAAAAUAUGCUGCCAAACUGUGUCACUGUGUUUAUGAUGAGAGAUGCUUUCAUACAGCAUGAUUCUGGAGCAAGGAGAGAGCUGAAAUCAAAUGGGAGCGCAGGAAUAGAUUUCCCGUUGUGCUUCACAACAAAAAAAGUAUACGACCUGAGUAUAGAAUCUGUUUUUUCUAGAGUUAUUUUUUAACAUUUGAUUAGACAUCUGAUCACACCCUGCACUGACAUCCUCACUGACCUGAAUACCAGCUGAUCUUUUGUUUUGGCUCUAGAGCUGUGUUUUGACUCUGUAUGGUGACACAUUUUUUUUUAAAAGAGGAAGAGCCACGGCAUUUUGAAAUGCACGACUGAUGUAAACAGCAAACCAGAACGAUGGUUGGAAAUGGAAUAGUCUUGGGGAAGACACUCUGUACGUCACUCUGUAUAAGGGCAUCUGCCAAACACUAAAACUGUAAACGUAAGCUACACAGACAAAAACACAAUAAUGAAUAAUGUUUACUGCUAACAAGCUGCUGGGGGCGAGAAAUAUAUGUUCUGGAGAAUAUUUUAUUGGAUGAUCACAAGACUAGUACAGGGUAGGUUCUCCCAGAAGUGAAGAGCUAUAAAAUUAAAAGAAGGGAGAGAAGGGAAUAACAUUUCCAAUGCUGUUUUUAAAUAUUCUGCAUUGUAGUUGUCCAUAGAACAAUCGUAAAGGUACAAAAAGCUCUGAAACACUAAUUUUGGUUUUACACACUUCUGUUUUUUCACACUGAUGUCACUUUACUCACUGUUCUUAUUGGAACACAGCCGGCUGACUGAAGCUGCUGCAUCCGGCACCAAUAAUUGAUUACACUAUUAUAGUUGGUAGGUCAAUAGAUAUUAUUUUCUCCCUCUACUUGGGGUGUAGUCGUGCAAAAGGCGGAGCUAAGGUCAGAUAACUGUUUCUCAGGAACUGUAAGUCUGAUUGAGCUAAAAUUUGGUACAGUGCAUCUCUGUGUUAAUCUGUAAGCGGAUUUUUGAUGACUUAAUUACUUAAAAAACAUGGCUGCCAUGGUGGCCAGUCAGCUUUCAGCAGAUAUUUGGCAGGGUUAACAAUGAGCAAGAGAUUAACAAUCUUCAUGAUAGUUGAAUGGUAGGUUCUGAUGCAGGCUCACUCACUUGGGAAGCGCUAUUCAUCUUUGUGCACACAAAAACAAGCAUAUCUCUUGGAAAAUCACACAUUGGGGGGUGAACUGGGAGAUGAAAGUCAGAAUGGUUUAACUGGAAGUGAUUGGAAGAGAUGUGUUUAUAAACACAGGACACUAAGUGUGUAAUACUGUAACACUGAUGUCUUUCCAAUCUAACGAUGUGUCUGAUGAGUGACAGCAGGGAACUUUUCACUAAUUACAGUAUUAUAUUGUGAGCAAGUGGACAGCUUUAGAUCACGCUGCCUACAAUGAUCAAGGAGACUUGUUCACAGUUAGCUUUUACUUGCAUGGCUUGUUUUUAUGUACAAUAUAAAUUCUAUGUUUUGUGUUUGUUACAGAAGACAUUUUGUACAUGGAUAAUAAAAUUUGUAUUUUAUAUUACA